UAGGGUUCUCUGUGAUGUAGUUCGUACCCACCAUUUUUGUGUCAUGGAUUGGGUCAAUCGACAAACAGCCCAUGAACGCCCUGAUUUAUUGGAGUGGAGAAAGCGUCAAGGGAAGGCAGCAUGGUAUGGCCUUUGGUCAAUAAUAAUAGGUAGUAGCGUGACUUUUUCAGGCCUUUCGUUCUUCCGGCUGCAAAUACCCAAGAAGUACAUUCCACUUUUGUCUCUAACUGCUGGAGCUUGCUCUGGUUGGUAUGUUUCACACAGAAUUAUGAGGUCUUCCUCUCCAUCUGAUGUGGGUUCUGCUGUUCCAGACAUCAGUCAGUCAUUAGAGAACAAUGCAUCCACUAUGCAGGAAUCAAAAUUUGGAGACAAAGACUUCAUUAAAGAGUGAUAUAUCACCUGUGGUCUAUUAUGGUGUCCCUGUCUAUCACUUGUAGAAAGGGGUGUUUUAAUAAUUAAAUAUAUGGAUUGUUCAUAAAUGUUUGAAACAAUCAACCUUUUUUGUUAUAAUGUGGAUUGUACAUUAAUGUAAAAAAAAAAAAAAAUUCAAUCUUUUGCCAAUGCCAUAACAUCAGAAUGUUGUGUUACAGCAGAAUGAAAGACUGACUCAGCACAAUACUUAGUUUUGUUUCAUGUAAUUGUGUUCAAGUUAGUCACUCUGUCUAAAAGUAACUAUUCAUAAAAAAACAUGGAAGGUGAUGGAAAGGCAGUUGUGAGGCCCUGGUGGUUAAAAGGGCAGAGAAAGGAACAGAAGGGUUUAUUGUCAUGGUACACUAUGGGAGAAAACUUAAUUGAGCUAUUUGAGGUUAAGUCUUUAAAUUUGUUGGGGCCCUUGAACACACCUUGGAAUUUCCUUCUUUGGUUUUUUGUUAGGCCAACAUUAUCUCUCCCUGAUUUUACUUGUGUGAGAAUUCAAUGUUUUUAGAAAAAUUGGAGUAACUAACCACAGAGGAAAUUUUUCAAAUACUAAAAGAAACUACUACAUGAACCUGGGGGGCAAUUACAAUUUUAGUCUUUGAAAGGAUUUAAGAGUAUUAUCCAGUUUUCAUUGCGUUGAUUAAAGACCUUCUUUCUAUGAAUACCUACAUGUACCCAGUGUUGUUUGUGGUUUGUUCAAUAGCAUAGGUGAGGGGAAGUGAACCUUUGUUCAUAUCCUGUCUUUGGUAGAGAAAAAAACCUUUAUUGGCCAAGAUACACAACUUCAUUGCAUAAAUGCCCUGUUAUUUAUAGGUUGGAAUUGACAUCUUGGACUUGUCAUUCUUGCAUUUUUCAGAUCUUCUAUGUCUUUUGUGAUAAUUAUAAAACAUUAUGAGUUUACUUGAUUCCCAUUCCUGUUUUAAACUUGUAUAAUCAGUCAUUUUCCAUUAAAGGCCUAAUAUGGAA